AUGGAAGAAGACUGCCAAAAAUAUGCUGUUAUUGAUACAAAUAACAUAAUAUCAAAAACAGCGCAUUGGUCUUAUCGUUCAACGACCACUGUAAUAGGUGUCAGCGUAAUAUCUACAAUCUUUUAUGCGAUAGGCGUUUUUAGUUCUCCAGAAAUUAGUCCAACAACACAUCGAAAACUUUUAUUAAAAAUGGAUUUACCUUUUGAUACUGACAAGUCACCAGUUUUCGAGCUUAUAGUAUUUGCACAAUACUUUUAUCAAGCAUCAUCAGCUUUCGUAUAUGGUGUAUUCUCUGCUUUCCUUUUGAUGUUA